AUGACCGCCGGGAUCGCAACAAACUCAAAAGGCCAAGCAUGGUUUUGUACCACCGGUUUACCUAGCGACGUCGUGGUGGAUGUUGACGACAUGACCUUCCAUCUCCAUAAGUUUCCAUUGAUGGCUAAAUGUAGAAAGCUUCACGAGCUGAUAACAGAACAGGAAGCAAAUGUUACUCCUGAUAGUGUUGGUGUCGAAAGAAAUUCUGAACAAGAGAACGAAGAGAUCCAGGAGGAUAAAGCGGAGAAGGCAGAGGACGAGAAGCAGGAACAGUACUGCCACGUCACGUUUCCGGGUUUUCCGGGAGGUCCGGAGACGUUUGAGAUGGCUGCCAAGUUCUCUUACGCCGUGAAAAUCGAGUUAACGCCGUCCAAUGUAGCUCCGCUUCGUUGCGCCGGAGAAGUUUUAGAGAUGACUGAAGAGUACUGCGAAGGUAAUCUGAUUUCCAAAACCGAGAGGUUUCUCUCCCAAACGGUGUUUAGAAGUUUAAGAGAUUCAAUUGAAACACUAAAAUCAUGCGAACAUUUGAUUCCUUUAGCGGAAUCACUUGGCAUUGUUGAAAGAUGCAUCGAUUCUAUUGCUGCCAAGGUUUCCGCAAUGGAUCCGUCUCUGUUCGGUUGGCCGGUAAAUGAAGCAAUGCCGAGUAGUACCGGAGCUGUAAAUUCUCAAGGCGGCGGUGCGAGAAGGAUUGGAGAUGCCACGAGAGCCACUGCCGGAGGCGAUUGGUGGCUUGAUGAAUUAACAUUCGUUACUCCUACGCUGUUCAAGCGUUUGAUUAUGGCUAUGAAAGGUCAGCAUCUGAGUAAUGAAAUAAUCGAAAAUUGUCUUCUUUGCUAUGCCAAAAGACACAUCCCAGGGAUCAAUCGCACCUGCAGGAAACCCUUGUCUUCCUCUAUACCUUCAGAGAUUGAACAGAAGGAGCUAUUGGAAGCAAUGGUUACGAUUCUUCCCGAACAAAACUGCACAAGAUCUUCAACGUCCGUGAAGCUCUUUUUUGGAAUGUUAAGAACAGCAAACAUUCUGAACGCAUCUGACGACACUAAAUCGGCUUUAGAGAAGAAGAUCGGAUCUCAAUUUGAACUAGCCACACUGGAUGAUCUCCUUAUGCCGAGCUACUCUUAUCUCACCGAGACAUUGUACGACGUCGAUUGCGUCCAAAGAAUACUAUCGCAUUUUCUCGAUAGCGUGGAAGACAGAACAGCGGCAUUAAUGCUCGUCGGAAAAUUAAUCGACGGUUACCUGUCGGAAAUCGCAUUAGACGCUAAUCUCAAGCCGGAGAAAUUCUGCGAACUUGCAGCUGCUUUGCCGGAACAAGCUAGGGUUUAUGACGACGGUUUAUAUAGAUCAGUCGACGUCUAUAUCAAGGCUCAUCAAUGGAUACCGGAAUCCGACCGGGAGAAAGUUUCUGGAGUAUUGGACUGCCGGAAACUGACAUUAGAAGCGUGCACUCACGCCGCUCAGAACGAACGUCUUCCACUGCGAGCGGUGGUGCAGGUGUUGUUCUUUGAGCAGCUUCAGCUCCGGCACGCAAUCGCCGGUACACUGAUGGCAGCAGACAUGGGACCGUCGGACUCUGAGAGGUCACCGGCAAGACGACAGGAAGUAGUGGAAGACGACGAAACGGUAGUUGAAGAAGGUGAGGAUGGGACGUGGAGGGCGGCCGUGAGGGAGAAUCAGGUGCUGCGACUAGGCAUGGAUAGCAUGAGGACGCGGGUACACGAGUUGGAGCGUGAGUGCACGACCAUGAGGAAAGCGAUUGAGAAGAUUGACCACGUGGAGCCACCUGGUUGGAGAGGCUCCCUCACGAGGAAGUUCGGGUGUAAAUUUAAAACACAAGUGUGCGAUUCGCACGAGUCAACCAUGGUAGAGACUCGAAAGGGUCGGACCAAUCGAUCCCAUCAUCAUUCCGUUCGAUAAGAAUGCGUUUGGUAUGAGGGUCGAACAUAACUGAACGUGACUGACUUGGACUGAAUCAAUGAGGUCAAGUAUGUAAAAGAAAAGCUUUAAUUUGAAAAUUUUCUAGUAAUUUACUAAAUUUGUGUUAUCUUCCAUGUUCUUGUUCCACCUAAUUUUGUUGGA